AGCUCUCUUCUAACUGCCUUCAUCACACGCCAAGUUCCAAGGUUGCUGACCUCAAGUGACACAGGAGGACAUGAUUCAGAGGUCCCUCUGCCCGCAUGGAAGGAACGCACAGGAGAAACGCCAGAGAUUAAAAGAGCAAGACUAUUAUAUGAGAGUCGGAAGAGAGGCAUGCUGGAAAACUGCAUUCUGCUCAGUCUCUUUGCCAAAAAGUAUCUGGGCACCAUGACAGACACGCAGCUGUCACAAUAUGAUCGGAUAAUUAAUAAGCCUAGCAAUGACUGGGAUAUAUACUACUGGAUCACAGGAGCUCAGGAACCCCCUGCGGAGUUCAACAAUGAGAUUAUGGAUCUGCUUCAAGAAUAUGCCAAGAAUCGGGAAAUGGAGCAACGUCUCAGGCAGCCAGACCUGGAUUAUCUCUUCAAAGAGUCCCAGUGA